UGCGUGUGCGCGCGCGUGGUAAUGACUCAGCGCUUUGUUCCUCCGUGCUAGCUGGAGGCUAACCUGUUAGCUAGCCUUAGCCGGCUAAUAUGCUAAACAUCGACCUGUUACGCUUUUAUUUGCCUGAUGUAAAAAUUGUAAAAACGAAGAAAGCCGUCUUUUAAAUGAGAUUUUUCGGUGAUAAAUCUGAACAGGUGUUUUUUAUUCAGGUUACCUGUUUGUCCUUCAUUGUGCGCUGCUGGAUUUUAACACUGUUAAUGUUGAUAUAAAUCUUAAUUUAUUUUGUUAUUUCGCCACUGCAGGAUAAAGGACAUUUAUUUCGCUUUGAUUUCAGGACGUGAAGAUAUAACAGACUGCAAUGACAUCGACAGGUCCAGAGUGAUGCAGCAGAAGUUGUGUUCUCGAGGUUCCACUUCUUUCUUGCUAGAGAGGAAUGGCAAAGCCUGCGGCGCCGUCAUGGACUCCAUCGCCUCUUGUGACCUCCCAUUCCGCUGCCCCCGCUGUGGGGAGCAAGAACACUUCCACAGUCUGGGGUUGCUCCAUGCUCACCUGGACCACCGCCACUCAUAUCCCUCACCAGAUGUGAUUACUGGCGGUUUCAGUAUUACCGGAAAACACCCUGACCCGGCAACAGCGGCGAUACCCUGGCAUGACAUGAGUCUCCCAACCCGCAGGGGGCAGCAGAGUUCAUUCAGGCCACCUCAUAUCCGCUCCCUCAGCGACAGUCGAGACAGUGGAUACCUCCAGUCUUAUGGCUCCGCAAGGAGGCGCACCCAGAGUGUCGGGGUGGGGACCCGGGAUGAGGAGGCGGAGGAGGAAGACAUCGAUAAUGAAGAACACAGGGGCACAGAGGACGAGGAUGUGGGAGAAGAGGAGGAGGAUGACGAGGAGGGAGACCGAGGUAGAAAUGCAGAGGAUCUCAAAGUGUCACCUAAAAACAUGGAAACAAGCCGACAUCAUCCGAACCAUCGUCACCUCCGGUUUCCUCCUCCAACUCCCCUCGGCCCUCCACCAGAUCCAGAUCAGGACCUGGACCUGGUCGAGCAUAGCUCUUACUCUGGACUGGAGACAGCAGCAGCGUCAGCCGCCAUGCGGCGUCGGCUGGCUAACAUCCUGCGGUCAGCGGACAGCACCAUGCAGUGGCGCCUGGCCAAAGUGAGCACAGAACUAGCCCAGACGGACACGGAGCUGCUGUGUGAGCGUGCCAACUCACAGCACCUGGCCCAGGAGAGACAGGAAGUGGCCGAGAGAGAGCGCUCGCUGAGCCGUCAGGUGGAUGUGGCUGUCAUGGUGAUUGCCGCGCUGAGAGAACAGCUCAAUGCUUCAGAGAAUGAGCUGGAAAGAAGAGAAAGGGAGGUGAUAACUAUCCAGAAGUUUCUGGAAGCAGCGGCUCGGCAGGAGUCAUGUGGCAAGGUUAGAAUCCAGCACUUUAUUGAGAACCUGCUGAGACGCAUCGCUCUGGCAGAGAGGCUGGUGGAGUAUUACCAAGUGAACGGCAGCAGCCCGCCGCAGUGCAGCCAGCACCAGCAACCAUCUGAAAAUGGACCUCAUAGAAUGACUAAGAGCAGGUCAGCAGGAGGUCAGCUGUUCUCCUGUGGUUUCCAUGAUAACAGAACCCAGUCCUCCUCCCAGUUUUUCAGUCAGGCAGCAUUCUCCAAGCCGGAAGGAGAGAGAGACCGUGAGCGGGAACACCGCGAGCGGCUGGCCCAGUCGUCCCGGCUAUUCUGCCGGCCCGAACACAGAGAUGAUAUCUGGAACCACCAGCGCCAGCGCUCUGCUGGAUAUGAGGCGUAGGUGUGUGGAGAGGAGGGGGGGCAUGUCAGCGUUGGGACUGGAGGUUCACAUCAGGAUUCUUCGGAGCACUUUCUGGAGUUUUAGAAUUCCUCAUUUAGUCCUUUCAUUCCUUUAGAAAUGAUCAGCUGCAGCAAACAAAAUACAAUCUAGUCCAACAACCUGAGAGCUUCCAGCCCACAUGGUUGAAGAAUAACUGGGCGGGGCCACAAAAUGCAUUAAUUGUCAAUAAGCUGACACACUCCCCAGAAAAAUUACUUCAUCCUCAUUAAUAUACAACUGUAUGUUUGGCUGCAUUAUUUAGCUGCUAUGCUAACUGGUAACCAACAGCAGCAGGCGGCAGCUCCUCAGCUAAAGACAUAAACUGAUACUCGCUGUUUGACGCGUCCUUUCCACAAAGAAAUAUGAAACAUGACAAAGAGUCGACAUAUCUGCUGUCCUGUUUCUAAAGUCAUUAUAAGUUUGUCUCGCAGUUCUCUGAAAUUAUUUAGAAAAAAAGCCUACACAUUUCUCUAUCAAGACAAUAAAUUUCCAUAAAAUCUGACCUGAGAUGUCUCGUUCUGGAUCAGACUGAUUUUUUAGCAUCAGACUGAUUUAGAUUUUUGAAGAAUGGUUUUAAUUCACAACUUGUGCAUUGUUUUGCAAAGAAUGUGAUUUGAUAGCGGUAUUGAUGUUCUGCUCCUGUGUACAAAAACUGAUGUUUAGAACUUACUCAUUGAAUUUUUAUGUUACCUGAAAUAAUUCACAAAUAUAACUGUCGGCCGUGCACAUACAACGUGAAAACGUAGCAUUAAUAGUUAGCUCAGCUGUAUAUACUGGUAAUCAAUAAUCUGAUGUAUAGCCAAUCACUAUUUUGUAAUUGAGAUGUGAUGUAUGGCCUCUGAAAUCUGAGGUGGUUUGUAAGCACAGACUUUAAUAAAUCCAGACCUGAGACACACACA